UCCGCGCUAAUUCCUAAUAUCAUUACAGACUUUCCGUAGAUAGGCGUGCCUCGCCAUAUUGUGUGUUAUCAAACCCCCUGAGGUCUGAGUAUCGCACUGAACGGGCCAAUUAAUUUCAUUUAUCAAGAUUUAAUUGUACAAUUGAUGUGAUCACGACUUAAUACGCAGCAUUCAAAAGUGUUCAAUGUGGGUGGUUGUUCAAUCUUUCACAUACUGUCACAAGUGAAGCACAGCUCUAGAUCUGUUACCAGAACUACCCAGGGCGCGAGUUGUUUUGAGACAAAUCAAGAUAUCAAAACAAAAAAUGUCCGCUAGUGUGAAACGAAAGUUGGCAAAAUCAACAAACGAAAAACCACCUCAUUCUUAUAUUGCUUUGAUUGCUACAGCGAUAUUGAAAUCACCAGAGAGACGUCUCACGUUGUCCGAAAUUAACGACUAUCUCAUUAAACACUACUCUUUCUUUCAAGGACCUUACAAAGGAUGGAGGAACUCAGUGAGACACAAUCUAUCCUACAAUAAAUGUUUUACAAAGAUUCUGAAAGAUCCAAGUCGACCAUGGGGAAAAGAUAAUUACUGGACUAUAAGUUCAUUGAAUGAUUAUUUACAAGAGGACGGAAGCUUCAGACGUCGCCGCAGAAGAAGACCCAAAGGAAAGACAAUUAAACAAGAAGGAUUCGUCUUAGAAGAUGACGCAAGCGAUGUGGAUUUAACAACAAAACAAGAUUAUGACAUUAAAGAACUUAGCUCGGACUAUAAUAAUUUAGGACAUGAUCUAAACUCGACAACAGAAACCUCUUCACAACCUCAAAGCUCGUCUGCAACAUUCAACAGUUCAUUUUCAAUUUCAAGUAUUCUUGAAGAAAAACAACCCAGGCGACAGUCUAUACACGGUAGUGUCUGUCGUAAUAUUGACCUCGGACCACCUGCUAUGUACCUAAAUCAUCCCCCACAUCAACAAUCAAAUGGGAUACUUCAUGUCACUACAGCAUCAUGUCCUACUAUGUUUAAUACUUACUAUGGACACAUGCCAUCCUGGUUCUUCUCCUUAGGACCGUCUUCUCCAAAUGUCGCAAAUCGUCGCUGAUAUCAAUUAACCUGCCUCUUGUUCAACCGUCGCUCUCUAAACCAGAACAGUUGUAGUUUAGUGAAAUAGUAGCUACAAUGAAAUUGUAAAAUGCAGUAAAAUGGAACAUACCAUUUCCACAAAUACAAUUCCAACAAUUUCUAAAGAGGACUACUUCGGUUAUCACAAUACAGUUUUAGGAAAAACUGUUGGCGGCAUUAGCCGUGCAUGGGGUUAUUCCCAACAUCAUCUAUAUUUAUUUAAAACCCAGCAUGCUAGAUAAGAUCAGUUUUUACAGUUGAAUAUAUAAUCAAUGUACAUAAUCCUUUGAGCUACUUACGUAGUGUGAAACCAAACACUAUAACAGGUCGUUCGACGAC